CUGACACAAGAUAAGGUUUAGGCAGUAGGUUAGCCAACCCUGGUUAGCUAACGCUAGUCCACAGGCUAAAGUAAGCUAACGUAACGGAAUGGUUAAGCAAGCAAGGCAGCUUUCAUUUUUACACCGUGAAAUAUCUGCUCAUUUGUUUGGCAAAGACAGACCAGUUCGCUACAAGUAACCCUUCGUUAUAAGUUUGCCGUUAGCUCGCUUAGUCCAUCUAGUAUGAAGGUGUCGCAGUGUCGAAAUAGUUGUUAGGAGCCGAAUUUCUAGACUAGUUAUUCCUCCCCGCUUAUAGUUGGCAUGCAUUUAGCUAAGACUGCAUGUCUGUUCGCUCGGAUUUGGACGUACAGCUUAUUAUAUUGCGAGUUCCUUGUUUAACACCGCUGACUGACGGGCUGCUCUCAAGAACCACGCAUUUAGGUCAUAUAGGUUGCUGUGUAUUUUUAUGCUGUCCUCUGCUGCAAUAUUGAUAUUUCGCUGUGGGUGAGCGACACGAAGGCAGCUUUCUGUGUUUGGAUUGGUGAACCAUGGGCAACACCAGUGACAGAGUCUCCGGUGACCGCCAUGGGGCCAAGAGCCAUCGCUCAGACAGCGGUGGAAGCCACAAAGACCAUGAACCGAGCAAGAUGGUAGACAGUACAGAUGACCCUAAUAUCUUUAACACACAUGGACCUGAUACAAAGGCUCAAGGAGAGAAGGACUUUCCUCCGGAUUUAGAUGACUUGGUAAAAACAGGCCCACAGGCACGUCCUACAGUUAUUCGUUGGGGAGGAGGGGGAAAAGAGGUCUACAUUGCAGGCUCCUUCAACAACUGGAGCACCAAGAUCCCACUCAAUAAAAGUCAUAAUGACUUUGUUGCCAUCCUGGACUUGCCUGAGGGAGAGCACCAGUAUAAGUUCUUUGUUGAUGGGCAGUGGGUUCAUGACUCAUCUGAGCCGGUGGUAACAAGUCAGAUGGGCACCAUCAAUAACCUGAUCCAGGUGAAGAAAUCUGACUUUGAGGUCUUUGAUGCGCUGCAGGUGGACUCACUUGAGUGCUCUGAUACUUCUGAUCUGUCCAGCUCCCCACCUGGUCCUUAUGGACAGGAGGUAUACAUGUUCCGACCAGAGGAACGUUUCAAAUCCCCGCCCAUCCUCCCCCCUCACCUCCUCCAAGUCAUCCUCAACAAAGACACCAACAUAUCAUGUGAUCCAGCUCUGCUGCCUGAACCCAACCAUGUGAUGCUCAACCAUCUAUAUGCACUGUCAAUAAAGGAUGGCGUGAUGGUCCUCAGUGCGACUCACAGAUAUAAGAAGAAGUAUGUCACGUCUCUGCUGUACAAGCCUAUAUAAACCUGGUUGCCUGGCUGGGGGCCGGGCAGCAUGCCUGUACUGUAGUCUCUCUAUACUGCUCCAUCGAGCUGAGAUGGCACUGCACACCCACUUUACAGUGAUUCUGACGACUGCUGAUGCUCAUUCACACACUCGAGGAGUGAGUCAGUGUCUGUGUGUGGAUUCGUGUGUGUGUGUGUGUGUGUGUGUGUGUGUGUGUGUGUGUGUGUGCUGUCUCUGUAGGCACCUGCGUAAGGACUAUUGAACUGUAUGUAACCACUCAAGUGCACCAUUAAGUGAUUACAAUCAUAAACAUUUGAGUUUAUUUGAGAUAAUCUUCUGUAAAGCUUUGGGCAAUAUAAUGUAUUUUUAAAGAAGACUAAAGCAAACAGACAUACUGGCAGGUUUUAAUUCAUAUGUCCAGCAACCAUGUUAACCAUGUUUAUGACUGAGACUGAGACGUUUAUGUGCAUUGAAUGCCAUUUUAUUAGCUUGUUUGCGUUUGUGUCUUAUUUAUUUAAACAAGAGAUUAUUGCAUGAUGGAGUGUUUGCAGGUUAACAAUAAAGGGUUUUCUGUAUAUAUUUAUUAAGUAGUAGGUCAAGACAAAAUAGGAAGAAGGUCUCUGUGUUACAGGCUGAGCUGUGACGUUUGGAGUGGGCCUGAGGGAUGGUGGCAAAGAGCAACAUACUGCAACUUGGCAGUCACCAAAACAAUAUUAAAGGAACAAUUUGCCAAAAAAGUCAAACUUCCACAAUUUUCUCAUUAUCCCAAAUGUGUGAGAUUCCCAGUAAUAGCCUGUUUAGUAAUAUUUGGUGUAGGGCUGCACGAAAUGGAAAAUGGCUAGUACUGCUUUAUCCAUUUUAACCUACAGACUAUGCAUUUUAACACAGCUCUGGCAGUAGGUAUAAGUAUAAGCUAUGAGCUAAGAGUAAUGACUUUGGUUUAUUGGUUUGUAAUUGACUGUUUAGCUGAAUGGUUAAGUGGCUUGCUUUCCACUUAAGAGCAGGAUUUAAGCCCAGACCACUUGGGGACUGUGCAAGUGAGGGGAUUUGAUCCUUUCAUCAUCACAAACCAAAAUGGUGUGUUUAUUGUGGAAAAACAUGAUUUAUCGUGCAGCCCUAGUUCAAAAUCCAAGGCUUGCAUCUGUAGUUUUUGCACUGGACCUGUGAUGCUAAUGUAGCUAACAAGAAAUGGAAGCAUAUACUCACCUUUGCCUGUGCAAAUUGCUGUUAUCUCAAAUACACUUAUGUGGUUUCUGACACUGGGCAUACAGUUACCUCUUAAAGUUGACGUAAGUACAUUGCAUGGGGAAUAAAAAACCAGUAACAGCAGCCAUGUUCAAGCCUGAAUUUAGGGUAAGGGGAAAAUUGUGUACAUUUGAUCUUUCUGUGAACUGUUCCUUUACAUAUUAGAUCAAGACUGAACAUGUAGAGAUGUGAAUUCUGUUUGGUAUGAUGUGUUGAAAGCAAGAAAUUGGAAAUGAUAUUGAGAUGGCUGGCUGCGUCAGUAGUCUUGUCUGUGGUGAGCGUCUGCAUGCCAUUGCCUUUCACUGCGAUUGCGUAAGCACUUUAACCAUGUUUUCACUGUGAGGUUCAGACAGAGAGCUUUCAGUUUGUUGAAUUGAGUGGAAUUGAAUAUUCUUUAUUGUCCCUGAUGGGAAUUUUUUUCAACUAUGCAGUGGACAAAUCUAGUACUGUAGUCUCCAAUUGGACAACUUCACUUUCUUUAAUGUGAUAGCCUGGUUGUGACUCUGAAGUGUUUUCAUGUAUUUAUUUGUGCUGUUUUUGCAAAACAGGAAUGUAUUAUUAGUAAUAUUUGCUGUUUUUAUGUUUUCCAACAUGCUGGUUUACUCUACUGUGGUGAUGAUCAAGAUGCUGUUUUUUUAAUGGAGGCUACAAGACCUUCAGUAUGAAAAGGUGUGUUUGGUCUUGGUUAAAGAGCAACAGGUGAUCAUAGGUCAAAUUUCUUGGUACUCGAAACUUGUGUGGAGGUUUCUAUCACAUUUAACUUGUUGAGAUUGAUGGGGUUUUAUAUUGAUAUUUGAUGGCACUGUUUUAAGCUUGUGAUUGUAUACGCCUCGCUAGUUUGAAUUGUUGUGUGCAAUGUUUCCCUCCAAAGAUGUAGCAGAAUUGUCGAUUUUGGACAGUCCCAGAUUGAAAGGUUGCUAUAGCAACACAAGUAACGUUUGAGGUGUGGUCCCUUCCGAAAAAAAUCCAAACACUUGAAUUUAGCUUGAAAGCUUUGUUGUAUCUCUUAUUUACAGCAAUGCAGCAUCUUUUGUUAAGCCAUGCAUUUAAUGAUACUGUACUUUUGUUUGCAAAUAAAAGGGAUACAGUCUGAUGCUGA